UCGAUGAAGAAGCAGUAGAGAGAGUGAGAGGGGGCAGCUGGUUGCUUUCCCCCCAGUACUGUUCCUUGCUGUCUUCAGUGGACUCCUUUGCUGUGCCACCAGCAGAGACCCCCAGUGGAGCCAUCAGGCACAGGGCGGAUCCCCAGCAGCCGCCAUGGCCAGCGGCAGAGAUUCGGACAGCGAGCCGGCGGUGCCCGAGGAGGAGGAGGAGGAGGGCCCGGACGUGAAGGCCGUGCAGGCCCAUUACCUGCGCAGCCCCUCGCCCAGCCGGUAUUCAGUGAUAUCAGACACUGAUACAGAGAGCAUCUUCAUGGAGCCAAUCCAUCUGUCAUCUGCUGUGGCUGCCAAACAAAUCAUCAGUGAAGAGCUAAAGACAAAGGACGUCAGGGUAGACUCAGUGUGUCCCAGGAUGUUGGAGUCUGCGCAGCAGCUGAUGGUGGAAGACCUGUACAACCGAGUUAAGGAAAAGAUUGAUGACACCAGCUUGUUUAACACGCCGUGUGUGAUGGACUUGCAGAGGGCACUUGUGAAGGACAGGCUGGAGACCCCCAGGGACGCUGUGGAUGAAGUCUGGCCUAACGUCUUCAUAGCAGAAAAAAGUGUUGCAGUAAACAAAAGCCGUUUGAAGAGACUGGGCAUCACCCAUGUCCUGAAUGCAGCUCAUGGCACAGGUGUCUACACAGGUCCAAAUUUCUACAAUGGUCUCAAUAUCCAGUACUUAGGUAUUGAAGUGGAUGAUUUUCCAGAUACAGAUAUCUCCAAACACUUCCGCCCAGCUGCAGAGUUCCUUGACGAAGCCCUGUUGACUUACAGAGGCAGAAUCCUUGUCAGCAGUGAGAUGGGGAUCAGCCGCUCAGCUGUGCUGGUGGCUGCCUACCUGAUGAUCUACCACCACAUGACCAUUCUGGAGGCUCUGAUGACCCUGAGGAAGAAACGUGCCAUCUACCCCAACGAUGGCUUCCUGAAGCAGCUGCGGGAGCUCAAUGAGCAGCUGUUGGAGGAGCGAGAGCUGGAGCGUUCUGGAGAUGAGGACGUGACUCCAAGACAAAGUCCUCUUGCCUGUGCAGGGACUUCUUCACGGCUGUCUGGAGCUGGGGACUCAGGGAGCAUCAAGGGAGCCAAAGCUCACUCCAUCACAGUAGAAGAAGAGGACACCAGCAGCAUUCUGGGUAGUUUUAUGAGCUCCUCAUCAGUGGAAAAAACUAGCUGGGUUUCGAAACACUCCACCCUGAUCAGUGAGGAGGAAGAGGAACAAUUGUAUGAGGAAUGGAGGAGGAAACAAGGCCUAUCUGAAAAGGAAGCAGGAGUUCACCAUGAAAGAAAAACAUCUCCAAAGCAUUUGGAUCAGGAAGAGGAGCAAUCUGAUGAGGAUGUGGAAUGGAGGAUCCACGACUGGCAGCGCAGAAAUGAGAAAUACCAGAUGGCGGGUACAGCCAGGGAGGAGAAUGAUGAAUGCAGCAUGGGAGAAAGACCUUACCCAUCAGGUGAAUUCAGUGAUGUUGAGAGUGUGAGCAGUUUUGAGAUUCGAACCCUAAAAAAACAGCUGGAAGCCAGUAGAUUUAGCAGGAUGAGGAGGAGCCGCACAGGCUCUAUGUCUUCUGAGAGCACCUGGGACAUGUGGAAUCAGAGGCUUCUGGAGAUUGAGAAAGAAGCUGCUCAGAGGUAUCGUUCUAGGAAUAAAACCCAUGGGGAAAGACAAUCCCCAGAAAUGGGAAGAAAGGAGAGGGAAGUGGAUGAGGAGAGUGUGUUUUCAGACUCCUCCUGUAGCUCCUUCUACAAUUUCUGCCAAAAGAACAAGGACAAGUUGACUCCUCUAGAAAGGUGGAAGGUCAAGAGGAUCCAGUUUGGCUUUCACAAGAAGGAUUUAGAACCAUCAUCUGCACCAUCUCCAGCAGAGGAUGGCAGCCAGGCAGGUCAGGAGGAAACAGAAGGGAAGAGUUUGUCAGAUAUUGAUCUGACUGCUUACCAGGCUUGGAAGAUGAAGCGGCAGAAGAAGGUGGGCAGUGAAAGCAGCAAGGAGGAAUUUGUGGAAUUUGCCAAAACUGAGGAUUCUGCUUCAGCUAAAAAGAAGCAGAGGCGUGUAGAGCUCCUUGAACGUUCAAAGAAAAUUUUAGAAGAAAGCCAGUCCAUGUGCAGCUGGGAGACAGAGAGCACAAUGAGUGGGAGUAUUCCCCUGUCAGCUUUCUGGGCUUCAGCGCCUUCUGCAAGUGGUGCCGACGAUGCAGCUUCUGCCCUGAGUAUGCAGACAAAUCAUUCAUCUCUGUCACAGACCAGGAGUUGUACUGGAGCAAUGCAGCUGCAAAUGCCAAAUAUACCCCUUCCCAAUCUCCCAGUUGGCCCAGGUGACACAAUAUCUAUGGCAAGCAUUCAGAACUGGAUCGCUAACGUGGUCAGUGAAACCAUUGCUCAAAAGCAAAAUGAGAUCCUGAUGCUGUCCCGUCCAUCGUCCGCCAUGGCCUCCCUGUCAGGAGACCUUGGCAGGCGUGCAGAUGAUGACAAGGCUUCUCUUCUCAGUGCUCAGAGUGGCUCAUCCCUUGCUGCCUCUCAGCUCCACCAGCAGGACCUGCGCAGGGCUGAGUCUCAAUCUGUGCUGUCUUGCAAUACCUCCGUGAGUGCAAGGACAGAAGGGGCUACUUCAAACAUGAAGAUGACCCAGACAAGCAAACCACUGUACAGCCUCUUUGCUGAUGAUGUUGACCUAAAGAAACUCAGGAAGAAGGAGAAGGAGAUGCAAAUGGAAAUGAGAGAAAAAAUGUCAGACUAUCAAAUUGAAAAGGUGAUCCGAGACAAUAAACGCAGCACUUUAUUCAAAAAAAAGGUGACCAAAGCAGAGGAAAAUGAAACAGAAGAUGACAGAGAGAGUACAACAAACAGCCACAGGUGUCCCUUGCAAGCAGAUUUUGACAGAACUGAUGCAGUCUUUGAUCUGUCUAGUCAACCUGCAACCUCAGGUGCACUGAAGUCAGAGGUAGAUACUGAUAUUUCCAAGUGGCUCAAUGGCCUGAAAGCAGAAAGAGAACCACCAUCAUAUUAUGAUCAGUCUGAGAAAGCUAGAGAGAAAUAUAGCAGAUCAUCCAAAAUUAGACAGAUGGAUUCUGAGACAUCCAGUUACAGAUUCUGCAGAUCCCAAAGAAAAGAGCAAGAUAGCUGUUCUUCCUAUGAGUCAACAGGAGAUUCACUGAGAACCAUGUCAAGAUUUUCCUCUGCUUCUGCAAAAGAGGACAAAAAGAUGUACAAGUUCACAAGGUCCAGGGUCAGUGAGACAAGUUCCAGAGGAAACAGCCCAGAGGUGCAUGUUUUCAGCCAGUCACCUGAACCACCCUUUGAAUCUGAAUCCCCUGAACCAUCUACACAGAGCCGAGUUAGAGCUCAUCAUGUGGAGGCAUGUGAAGAGGAGGCCAGGUCAGACGUGUCAGAAUGUGGAGCAAAGAGAAAGUUCACCCAGAGCUUUUCAAAGUCUGAAGAGGAUGGAAAGAAGGAGGCAAAAGUGGAGCAAAGUGAAGAAAGGUUUGCAUCUAGGCAGGUCUCUCAGUACAGGCGAAGCACACGUAAAGAAGAGGAAGAAGAGAUGGAUGAUGAUGCCAUUAUUGCUGCUUGGAGAAGCCGACUAGAAGAAACUACAGCAAAGCUGCAGCGGAGAAGGGAAGAGUGACCAAGAUCAGACUACAGGAACACAAGCAAAGCUACAGAGUCCCUGAAUCACUCACUCAUCAUUAUAUUUUUGAUAAUCCUUUGUGGUUUGUAGGGCAUUUCCUGCAGAUAGUUCUCUUCUUAAUCAAAAGCGAUGAAGGGAAGAGGUCAAGUUCUGCAAGUGUUUGUGGUUUUUCAGAAAGAAGAUGCUGGUAUUAAAUGAUCAAUGUAGGUAGGAACACAAUGUUAGAAGCCAUUAGGAGCCAGACGAUGUUUCAGCAGCAAAAGCAGGUAAUGGUGACACCUCAAGUCAAAAGACCAAUCACAUCCCAUUUUGGUUAUUUCAAUUUCCUUGUGUCAUUAAAGACUGGACAUGUUUUUUCUAGGAUCUUUUUGAUCAUAAAUGGAAGAAGCCAACAGCCUUUUCUAGGAACUUAAAGAAUGUUUUUCUCUUAAUCAGUUUUACUUUAUACGACUGAGAAGAUAUUACCAGGCUCCAUUUUCUGCACCAGCCUUACAAAUGUCUAGAGAAAUAAGACAGUUUACGGGAAUACAUGUUCUGUUUUACUUGACUAAGUAGCAGAAGCAAAGUGGAAUACUAGAAAAAAGAAGAUACCUCCUGUUUAGAAGUUCAGUGCAGUAAUGAAUGUAUUCAUUGUUUUCUAUUAGAUGGAGUCAUCUCUGCUCCAGUAUGGUUGGUUCCUCCUAAUAACUUCAAGUCAACAAAGGAAAAAUGCAGUAAUAUUAGCAGCCAUACAAAAAUAAUUUUUUGAUGUAGUUAAAGAGAAAGAGUUAGGAUUAGUGUUAGUGUAGGCUGAGUAUUGACUUCACUUUGGUUAUGUAUGCAGCUCAGCUUAAGUCAAUGCUUUUGUGUUUAUAGUCUGAUUAAUUUUCAACAUGAUUGCCUUGAAAGAGAGGAGCAAUACACACACUAACCUCAUAAUAAAAUUGUUUAAUUAGACUGUAGGUGUAAGGCAUCUUACACCUAAGGAGAAGUAUUGUGUCUGUGAAGGUGGCACCUGGAAGCUUGUUUUUAGGAGGUGGUGGUAGGUUCAAGUGGCAUCUUACAGUUAAAGUGUUCUUUGUAUCCUGAGCCACACAGGAACAAGCCCAGCCUCCAUGGUAACUGAGUACUCCAGGUUAAGAGCCUUGGGUCUUUCCAUGCCCUGCAGAGCCUUGUGAGCUUGUCUGACAGAACCCACCAGCUUGCCACAGCAUCACUUGUGUGUCUUUCCACACCACAGCACCCAACCCUCACCAGUCAACAUCCUCCACCUCUCUCUUAUAAGCACAUAGGCCAGUUUCUACUGACUUUGACUCUGGAAUUAUCAGUUCCCUCUUCUGUACAGACUGUAUUUUGAACCAACAAAGCCCUCUGGCAGAGCUGAAUCUAAAACAACAAUGGAGGGAUGAUGCAGUAGUGCUCUCUCACAGGAAGUUUGUCUUUUUCUUGUAAUCUCUUUUCCCUCCUACUGUGAUGCUUAGAGCUCACCAUUACCAUUAUGCUAGUACCUCUCCCUAUUUUAAUUGUGUAAUGCAGACAGCAAUCUCCACAGGGCAAGGGCCUGCUCUUUGUCCCUGUCUGUAUGGCGCUACACACAUCAGCAAUGCUAUCUAAAUAAUGGUUACUGAUAACAAAAUGCAGCUGGCAAUUUUCCUAAACUUAGAAUCAUUUCUCUCAACUAUAACUCACUGAUCAGACAUUAUCCCUGCUUCUCUGAAGAUAAAGAUGAUUCUUUCUGACAGCCAGGACUGGGGUAAAUGAUAGCUACUUAUUGUCAGGUGAAUGGAGUCUCACAAUCAGGUGAUUAACCAGUAACAAAGGUAGAAAAAAUAAGAGAAAUCACUUACUUGUGUGGGUUGUUUUGGGAUUUGGGUUUUUUUUUUAGUAAACUCAGAUUACAUUUCUGAAAUAUAUAAGGGACAUGGUUGUGCUAAUGUUUCAGGCAUGCAGAGAUGCUCUAUGGUUUAUAAUGCUCUUCUACUAUAAAAUGGUAUAUAAUACAA